GAGCUGGCGUUGAGGUGGGAGGGUUGGGCAGCGGCGUUCGGAAGGCGGUGAGGGAGCCGGGCUGACACGCGUCUCCGGCCCAUUCCCACGUUGUUUUCUUCCCCCGUGUCCGCGUCCCCGCCCCCGGCUGAGCGCAGAGGGGCUCCGAGGUCGCUCCCUCAGGAUGAGCCUACAUGCUUUAAAUGGAGAAAAUGCCGGUGAGGACAUAGCGCCCGGAAACUGUGCCAUGCUUUGGACGUCUGCAGAGGCCACAGGCAGGUCUUCCAUCCUUCGGCUGUCGCAGAAAGAAAAUCUGCCACCCAAAGGAGUAGUGAAGCCUAUGAAGGUAACUUUCCAAACCCCACUGCGGGAUCCUCAGACUCACAGGAUCUUGAGUCCAGACAGAAAGAAAAAGGCUGAAAUUUCUCUUGUCGCAGAGAUGACAGACCAUCUUCUCCUGCCUACAUGCACUGCUGUCAGGAGUCAACCAACAAUGACCACGGAGAUUACUUCAGGAAAGCAGAAGGUGCCAACAGAAGGGAAAGUCCUGAUUCCUGAUCUGUCAGAUGAUCUAAGCUUCCUGUCCGCUGGCCAUGAUGUUGAGCCAUUUCAGAGCUCAGGCAGCCGCCUGAAUUUCUCUAACAACCAGAAACUGCCCCCUUGGGAAGAUUUUACUGGAUUUUCCCUUCCAGGUGGUUCGUUAUCCUUUCCUCAAAACGUUCCUGAAAAUACAUCCUCUGAGGAAGCAGGCUGCACAACCAAGAAUCUUUUCUCCCUCCUGGACUCCUUACUGCACGAUGAUGAUGUUUCCAAGCAAAUUCGAAGUUGCGAUCAUGCCCCUAACCUUGUUUCUAAUAGAACUUGCAAUCCUGAGCCCUUACCAAUAUUCUACUUACAAAAUCCUCCCUUGCAGCCCAUUCAAAAAUUCGGGAGCUUUGAAAAUCUAAACAGUGACGAAAUAAAGAACAUUGAAAAGGAGACCAGCACUGAAACGAUAGAGAGCUGGGCUCCCAAACUCUCUGACUGCAUGAUCUUUGAUUCUGACUUCGACACUUUUGGGUGUGCGCCCAACAUUCCAGCCACUGGAUGCCCUGCACCCGGUUUAGAGAAAUCUGAGGUCCCAAAAGAUGAAGCAGACACUCUGCAAACACAGGAACCGAAAGCAGCAGAUACAUUUGUGACGAUGGAAUUAAUCCCCAGCAGCCUGAAAGAGAUUAAAGAUCGGAUUUUAGCGAAGAGCCAGACUGUGGCUGAAAAUGAUGCCGGAAGUGAACCUCCAGAAGAAACCAAGGGGAAGCCAGAGAGCAUCUUAUCUGAGGCCCUGGACCCAGGACGUGUGCCUCUGAAUGGGCAGCUGCCUGCAGGUGACCUGUUGCCCCAGGCCCUUUGCAGAAGGACAGAACCGGAGAGCGAGAGUAACCUGCUCUUUACAGAAAAUGAAGAAUUCAGAUCCCCUAUGGAAGUUCUCGGAACCCAAAUAGACUAUCUAGAGCAAUUUGGAAUGGCCUCGCUGAAGGAAUCUGUCCUGAGAAAGCAGUCCCUGUACCUGAAGUUUGACCCUCUGCUCAGGGACAGCCCUCAGAAGAAAGGCCCGGAUCCUGACCAAGCGGCUUUUCCGGUAGCUGCAUUGCUACAAAACGGAACUUCUACAAAAACUGCCUCCACUGAAGUCAGAGCACCGGAAGAGGAAGAAAAACUGGUGGAGCUUGACAUUCCCAUCUUCCCAGAUCUGGCGAAGGCACCCGCGGGCAUCCCCACCGCUCAAGAGGGGCCCUUGUUCUCCUGCGCUCAGCCUUUGGAAGCUGUUGCAGAUGUGCUGCAACCCCGUGAGAAGGACGUGGAGGAAGCUUUGCAGCAGGUGAAGCUUGAGAGGGAUGCUGCUGUCCAAAACCUCACUGCCAAGGUCCAGGAAAAACAAAAGGAGGCUUUGGAAUGGAAGAAGAAGCACGACAAAAUUUAUGCUGAAAAGAAAGAAAUGGAAAAAAUUGUUGCAGAGUUUGAGGACAUCAUCGUACAAGUGAUGGAGGAUUGUCAGACCCAGAAGGAGCUUGCAAAACAAGAAGUGCAGAAAGCCUUGGAUGCAAAACAACAGGCGGUCUCUGACCUGAAUGCCUUGGAAAAGUCUUUCUCUGAAUUCUUCAACCGGUUUACAAAACAAAAGGAGGCCAUAGAAGGAUUUCAGAAGAAUGAAGAAACGCUGAAGAAAUGCGUGGAGGAGUACCUCGAAAGAAUUAAGAAGGAAGAGCAGAGAUACCAGGCCCUGAAGGCUCAUGCGGAAGAAAAGUUGGACCAAGCCAACGAGGAGAUUGCCCAGGUGAGAAGCAAAGCCAAAUCGGAGGUGGCUGCCCUCGAUGCCAACUUGCGCAAAGAACAGAUGAGGGUCCAGUCGCUGGAGAGCAGCAUUGAGCAAAAGGUAAAAGAAAAUAAGGAACUCACAAAAAUCUGUGAAGAAUUGAUUUCGAAGAUGGAAAAAUUAUGCUAAGAUCUUUGCAUCCCUCCCAUUUUGUUCUGUUUUCCAGUUUUGAGGUAGAUUAUUUAUUAAAUGUAUUUCUACACUUCAGUGUCACUAGUUUGACUAAUAUUAUUUGAUAUGAAAUAGUUUCUUUUUAUUCCCAGUUUCUGUUUCUAAAAAGUAGUUAAAGAGGCUUACUGUGGCUCUUCUGAGGAUACCAAGGUUUGGGGUAUUUUUGUUUUUAGCCUGUGAGUUCCUUUAAACUACCCAAUGUUUGAGAGGAUAUUUUCUGCAUUCUUGAACUCAACUUUAUUGCUUCCUUAUAUGUUUCUGAUAGUUAACAAGGAAAAUUAGUUUUAUUUUGUAUGAAACAAAUAGAGAAAAUUUAUCUUUCAUUUUAAAAAGUGAAUGCUUCUGAUAUUAUAUUGCACAGAUACUAUAAUAAAAAUUGUUCAUUAAAAAUUUGUUGCCUUCAUACAAAUCGGUAUGCAAAAUAUUCUGUCUGGUUGAGCCAUC